AAUUUCAGGCAAAAUGUCGACGGAGGAAGAAUCCGAAGUGAGAAAUCGUCAGCCGAAGAACAGCAAGUUUAAACAGCAAGCAUUACCGGCUUGGCAGCCGAUUCUUACCGCCGGAACUGUUUUGCCGGCAUUUUUUGUUAUCGGCGUUGCUUUUAUUCCUAUUGGUAUUGGACUGCUCUAUUUCUCAAACCAAGUACUAGAGGUGACCUACGAUUAUACUGAGUGUAAAGAGAAUACUGUUAGCUCAGCUACACCUCGCCAGUGCUCAGCAGUCUUAACAGAUAACCCAGAUGCAUCCUGCACUUGUCUUCUUAAUCUAAACUCAUCAGAUUUUGGAACAGAAGACUGGGUUGGAAAGGUUUUUAUUUACUAUGGUUUGACCAACUUCUACCAGAACCAUCGAAGAUAUGUUAAAUCUAGAGACGAUAAUCAACUUCUUGGCAACCUUGGAUCUCCUAGUGAGGAGUGUGUUCCCUUUCUUCGGCCCAAUGAUACAGACAAGAACCAAUUCUACGCACCUUGUGGUGCAAUAGCGAACAGUCUCUUUAGUGACGUCAUUACUAUAGAGUACAAGAGGAAAGGAGACCCAGACAGUAGUUUUAAACCUGUUCAAGUUUCACGGAAAAAUAUUGCCUGGGAGAGCGACAAAAAGCAUAAAUUCAAGAAUCCUCCAAUACCCCAGGGUAAAGAUUUAGCAACAGUUCUAACCGAAGCAGGAGCUCUCAAGCCUCAAGAUUGGAAAAGGAACCUAUGGGAGUUAGAUCUUGAGGAUCCAGAUAAUAAUGGAUUCCAGAACGAGGAUUUGAUUGUGUGGAUGCGAGCUGCAGCGUUACCCAACUUCAGGAAACUGUACCGACGGGUUGAUCAUGAGAAUGAGGCUGCCUCUAAUAGUUAUGAUCCUGCAUUUCAAAAUGGACUUCCUGUCAAAGAUUACGAGUACAGGCUUCGGAUCAAUUAUAGUUUCAGGGUUACUGAGUUCCAAGGAACUAAAAGUGUUAUACUGUCCACCACCAGCCUGUUGGGGGGCAGGAACCCGUUCCUAGGGAUUGCGUACAUUGUUGUCGGAGUUAUUUGCUUUCUGAUGGGGGUCGUCUUUCUCUUCAUACAUCUUAGGUUUGGACGGAAAACCCAGGAGAUGAUGAAUAUAACGGCCAGGACUCCCUUCAAUUAAACUCAUAAACCUAUUUUUGUUUAAUCACUAAACGCACAAUUACAAAUUAAUGGAUGCCGUGUAAAACAAUUUGGAACAGGCAAAUUCCGGAAUACAUAUCAUUCCGAAAAUUAAAAUUAAAAUUUAUGAUUUUUGUCAGUUCAAAAGUUUUAAUGUUUGUGAUUUUUAAAACUAAUCUAUUGAAAGGACAAACUUUAAAGAACAGAACAUAUUUGGUGUAUUUACGCCAACUUGACUUUUAACAUUUUAAACAAACUUAAACCAAAGAAAACUUUGGAUUUGUGCAUUUUAAUUUUAUAAUUUUUUUUAUU